AUGACCGCCAGCUCAAAGAAGAAGAAGGAGAACAAGAAGAAAGAUUUCCAGAAACCAAAAUUGAAGGUCGGAAAAGCCAGACCCAAGGCAGCGAAUAGCACUGAUACCAGCUUCCGAGCCAAAUCAAUUUCUCUCAAGCAACAAGCACUUUCUACCAGUGCUCCAAGUUUAGAAGCACAAUGCGCUCAUCACCUAGGUCUACUAAAUCACAAGUCAGAUGCACAGCGGAAAGAAUCAUUGGCCUUUUUAACAUCAGCCAUCACAAGCAACCCACCUACAGUUCCAUUACCGCAACCUUCGUCUGUCAUCAUUCCCGUGGCACAAAAGCUCAUUCUGGACGGAUCAAAUAAUGUUCGUCAGCAACUACUCAAGCUUCUGCAAAGUCUGCCACCAAUCGAUAUCGCUAGCCACGCAGAUCAGCUGCUACUGCACACAAGAGCUGCAAUGACGCACUUAGCAACUGAAAUUCGUGUAUUUGGCCUCGAGGUGCUGGAAUGGCUGCUUGUGGUCACAGGCGAUGAAAUUGUCAGUUGUGCUGGAGGGUGGGUGAAGAUGCUCAAAUGCUUCCUCACUUUGCUUGGUUGGCAAAGUGAAGCAUCGAGCAAAUGGUCGUCUGGAAAAUCGUACGGAAAGGCCGAUACGAAGAUGCAAGUCAAGCAAAUGAAUGCGUUGACUUCUUUCCUCCGCACCGGGCUCUCUCAUGCUCAGACAGCUGCUUCUAUCGGCCUUAGCGACAACACUUUUCCGCUUUGGCAUACGCAGCAUCACGUGCUCUCCGAACGAUCGAACGCCUACGCGCAUUUGAACCUAUUUGGUGCUGCCAGAGACGAAGAAGCAGAGAUGUAUGAAGACCGUGAAGAUCGGCAAAGAUUGUUUCGAGACCGAGCGGAGGCUGCAAUCAUCGCAGGUCUGGAGCAGGCUACCAAAGGUGGCGGGGAGCUGGGCAGAGCGGGUGCGCAACUCCGAAAGGCUGUGAAAGAGGGCAUGGCGGAUUUCUACCGAGAAGAAUCGACCGCUUAA